UCCUGUUUCCUUUCAAUAACUUCGUUCAUUCAUUCCUUGGAUCUUGGUUAUUUUUUGUCUGAGAACCAUUGUGUGGUUGCUUUAUACACCGCCAAUUUUUUUAAGGAGGGUUAUGGGAAAAUGUUUACGAAAGACAGGAAGCUUAAGAAAUCGGCAAAAUACACAAGAGAUGACGUUCCGCUUCAAUUGUUCAAAGUGAAUUCCAACUACGGAAGUGUACAUUUUAGAGAUGAUGAUGGAAGCAGUGACCUAGAAAACCAAACUGAACAUUCAGGCAAUGAUAAAGAUAUUUCAGAUGAAAAAAUACUUUCUGGAACAUUUGAAAGUUUAGAUUAUGAUCAAUGUGAAAACGAGCUCUUUCAGCAAGAGGAAAGGAAAUCCUCUAAGGCCUACAUUAAGAAGGAGGUGGUGCGAUGGUUGGUGUUCGGACUAAUCGGAAUCCUGACGGGACUCAUCGCCUGUGUCAUUGAUAACAUGGUCAUCCUCUCCACCAAACUGAAGUUCUCCUACAUUAAAACUGUGGUUGAUAGCUGUGUUGAUGCUAAUCUAUCCUGUUUUCAUUGGCCAUUUCUGAUUUGGGUUGGAAUCAAUGCAGUACUGGUCCUGUGUGGAGCCUUCAUGACGGCAGUUAUAGAGCCAAUAGCUGCUGGUAGUGGUAUCCCUCAGAUCAAGUGUUUCCUGAAUGGCGUGAAGGUGCCACAUGUGGUGCGAAUAAAAACUCUGGUCUGUAAAGUGCUGGGGGUCAUAUGUGCUGUAGCUGGGGGACUUGUGGUGGGCAAGGAAGGUCCAAUGAUUCACUCUGGGGCUGUGGUGGCUGCUGGAAUUUCUCAGGGCAAGUCGGACACCUUCCAUGUUGAUUUCAAGAUUCUGCAGUAUUUCCGGUCAGACAAAGAGAAGCGUGACUUUGUGUCAGGAGGAGCAGCAGCCGGGGUAUCAGCUGCCUUUGGGGCACCUGUGGGGGGUGUACUGUUCAGUUUGGAGGAGGGGGCCAGCUUCUGGAACCAGGCACUUACUUGGAGGAUUUUUUUUGCAUCCAUGUUGUCGACCUUCUCCUUGAACAUUGUACAAAGCUAUGUCAAGGGUACACCCUGGAGCCUUUCUUCACCGGGUCUCUUCAACUUUGGCAAGUUUGAUACGACGGACUACUCAGGACUUGAGAUUCCUCUCUUUAUCCUCAUGGGUGUGUUUGGUGGACUUCUUGGAGCUGCAUUUAAUCACAUCAAUUACAAAUUGACCAUUUUUCGUAAAAAGUACAUCACAAGCAGGGGAACUCAAGUUUUAGAAGCCAUUUUGGUUGCUGUAGCAACAGCAACGGUCAGCUACCUGACACUGUAUUUCAACAAUGACUGCCAGCCAAUGAGGAAAGACCCAGAUGAAGACAGUGUACAAUUUUUCUGUGAUGAUGGCCAGUACAGUGCUACUGCUGGUUUAUUGUUCCAUACUCCAGAGGAAAGCAUAAAGGAAUUAUUUCAUGAUAUACCUGGUACAUUCCGACCUGCAACCCUGGCUGUCUACUGUCUGUGCAGUUUCUUCCUGGCCUGUUGGACCUACGGACUGUACGUGCCUAGUGGCCUGUUUAUACCCAGCAUUUUGAUUGGUGCCUCCUGGGGAAGACUGCUGGCUGUCCUGCUCAAGUCUGCCUUUCCUUCUGCCACCUGGGUUAACUAUUCCAAGUAUGCUUUGCUAGGAGGAGCUGCACAGCUAGGAGGUAUUGUAAGGAUGACCAUUAGCCUGACGGUUAUCAUUACUGAGGCAACUGGAAACAUCACACUUGGUCUUCCUGUCAUGAUUGUGCUGAUGGUGUCAAAGUGGAUUGGAGACAUCUUCAAUGAGGGUAUCUACGACAUGCAUAUCCACAUACAAGGCGUUCCACUCCUUGGCUGGGAACCCUCUUCCAUGCUUACCAACAUCUCUGCCACGGAAGUAAUGAGCCAUCCUGUCACCGUGCUGAGGUCGUACGAGUCAGUAGGGCGUAUUGUCAACAUCCUUAAGAAUGAGACACAUAAUGGGUUCCCGGUAGUGGAGGACUAUGAUCCCUUCACUGAGGAGUCUCCUGACUCCGGGACCUUUGGAACAUUCCAUGGAACCAUCCUUAGGUCUCAGCUUGUCACCCUGCUUAAACUAAAGGUGUUUGAGGAACAUGAAGAUGCACAACAGAUAAAGAAAAUACUAAGUAUAAAAGAUUUCAGGGAUGCCUACCCCAGGUUUACACCUAUACAUCGAAUAAACAUUUCUGCACAAGAACGGAAUUUCCACAUUGACCUAAAGCCAUAUUUUAAUCCUGGCGCCUAUUCUGUUUCACACUGUGCAUCCUUUCCAAGAAUUUUCCGCCUGUUCAGGGCGCUUGGACUGCGGCAUGUUGUUGUGGUCAACAGACAACAACAGGUGAUCGGCAUGGUGACCAGGAAGGACCUUGCGAGGUAUAGGAUCACACAGCACUUGGGCAAGGUCAACAUGGAGGAGCUCCCCAUCACAAACUGACCAGCUCCCCAUCACAAACUGACCAGCUCCCCAUCACAAACUGACCAGCUCACAUGCAGUUCUACCAUAUGGUAUUUCAGCAUAGACCCUAGAAUCAAUUUACCUCAUGGACUCCUCCAUUACAAAGAAAUCAGAAUCUCAACAAAGCAUUUACAUGCAUGUUUGCUGUGAUUGAAACUUCCAUUUCUGUCCACGAUUUAAAUGUAGACACCUUUAUGUGGAUUGGUGCUAAUGUUAUGAAGCAAUGACAUGUUCUAAAAGAAUUUGUGAUAUUUCUUGACAGUAUAAAGUUUAGCCUUAAGUUCAAGUGUCCUCACUGGAAGUCACCAAAGAUGGACGUCUAUAGAGAUUUUAUGAUAUGGUAAAACGAACUGACAUGUACAUUGGAGUCCUCAAUAUAUAGCAAGUGUAGUAAAUAAAGUGAGCAGUCAUCUUGACAUCGAGGGAAUUUUAAGAGUGAUAUUGAAACUGCUGGGGGGGGGGGG